CUCACAGUUCACAGAGAAAAUGUUCUUCCAAAGAAGAACCUGGCUGUGGUUAUACAUUAGAACAAGUAUCCUUCUAGGAAGUGAGCUCAAGAGCCCAGAGCAACAUGGGAAACAAAACUGUUAUCACCUUAUCAGGUUUCACUGCAGCAUUAAGGAAGCAGAAAAUUACUGUCGUGCUCAAGGAGGACACCUGGCUUACCCGUGGAACCAGGAGGUUCAAGAUCUCAUCCAGCGCUUUCUGGAACAAGGGAAGAAGUGGUGGAUUGGGCAAAAUUUAACGCCGCUAGGAAAACAUAAAGAAAAACACAACCCAGCAGGUGUCACAGCCCACCAGGCCACAGAGCCCGCCAGCUGCACUUACGUGUCCAAAAACUCCCAUCAGAUCUCAUCCAAAGUGGACUUAUGCUCACAGAGGCAUUAUUUCAUUUGCCAGGCUGAUGCCCUUUCGGACCAAGAUGCCAGUUAUGAAAGAAAUGGAAUUAAUUCUCAUUUACUUUGGAGACCCAAGAAGACAAAAGCAGAAAUGGCAAUAACGAGAGACAAAAUGACCUCAGGACCUGAUCACAUGGCCACACAGGUGCACAUCUCAGAACUCUUUCCUCUCCCAGCACACUUGUCCAAGACCUUGUGCCAUCCCGUCAGCUCAUUUCCUUCAAGACCACCCAAAGUCACACCACAGGGAGUAUCAGUCACGUCUAUACCCACCAGCCAGCCUCUCCUUGUGAAAGCAGAGCUCACCAGGCCUGCGUCUGUCACACAUGCUGAAAAAGCUCCGGUGGAAAGAACCCCAAACCCCACAGAGGACUCGGCUGCAGACGUCUUCACCACUCAUCUACGAGCCUCACUUCAGGGUGCAUCCCAUCAGGUCAUAGAUGAGACACCAGGGAACUUUAGCAAAGCAAUUCCUAGUUUGCAAGCUCACAACACACUACAGAAAGCUUGUGACGUGCUCCAGAAACUGACAGCCGUUAUCCCCGGAUUUUCUGAGUCAGCUCAGGUCGAUGUCAUCGGUUCCCUUAUUUACCUGAAUGAGCAAUUACUGAAGAGCCCAUUUCAGAACAACAGCAAUCUGGGCUUCAAAACUUCUGCGACCGUCUGCCUCUUUCACUCCCCCAACAGUGUAAUAGAAGCUGGUGAAGCAAGUCAGCAAAGGUCCAAGCAUGACGUUGAACAGGUAGAAAAUAUGCUGAACACGUCCUUGCUGGCCCUUGGUAAGAUCCAGGAAGAAUUUCUAGAGCAGAAUAACGUCUCUGCGUCUUCGGUGACUUUGACCUCUUCGGUUGCUACUCUGAUGCUGAGCAGCCAAAACGUAUCAACUUUGCCUCUGAGCUCUUACACUCUGGGUUACCCAGCACCUGUGAGGUUAGGCUUUCCAUCAGCUUCAGCCCUGGAGGAGCUCUUGAACAAACACCCAGGAGUUAACGUCCAGGUAACAGGACUAGCUUUCAAUCCCUUCAAGGAUUUUGAUGACAAGAACAUUGUUGGAAGCAUCGGAAGUGUGUUACUGAGCUCUAAUCAUAAAUUGCUCCAAGUCCGUGAUUUAAUGGAAGAUAUUGAGAUCAUGCUCUGGAGAAAUAUUAGCAUGGAAACCCAUCCCACCAGCCUCAACAUGAGCACAGACCAUUUUACUAUUACAGUGAAUGUCACUUCUCCGGAGAAAUCCCUGAUAGUGUGCAUAGAGCCUGAAAGUCCCCUUUUAAUGACACUCUACCUGGGGUUCCAGUAUCAGCCUAACCACACUUCCUUCCACCUGAACAUCACCCUUCCAAAGGAUCAGGUGUGGCAAAAAGAUGAGGAGUACACCUGGGUGCUGACUCCGGAGAGUCUGCAGUAUGGGGUCGGCACCUACUACAUAACAGCUGUGUUGAAUAAAAGCCAGGAGAGCGCUCAGCAGCCACCCACCCUGUUCUCAGUCGUCACUGUCGUCACUCAGUGUUAUUUCUGGGACAGCCACAACAGCACUUGGAAGAGCGACGGAUGCCAGGUUGGGCCACAGAGCACGGUUUUGAGGACCCAGUGUCUCUGUAACCACCUGACCUACUUUGGCAGCGACUUCUUCAUUGUGCCCAGGACAGUGAAUGUUGAAGACACGAUCAAGCUGUUCCUUCGCGUGACCAACAACCCUGUUGGGGUGUCACUGUUGGCCAGCCUAUUAGGAUUCUAUGUGCUCAUAUUUGUGUGGGCUUGGAGAAAGGACCAAGCCGACAUGCAGAAGGUGAAGGUCACUGUCCUGGCUGAUAACGACCCCAGCUCUCAGUUUCACUACCUUAUUGAGGUCUCCACUGGCUAUCGAAGAAGGGCCGCUACAACAGCUAAGGUGGUUGUCACACUUUACGGAUCAGAGGGGCGAAGUGAGCCCCAUCAUCUUUGUGACCCCCAGAAGGCAGUCUUUGAGCGAGGGGGAAUGGAUGUCUUCCUCCUCAGCACUCCGUCCUCUCUGGGGCAUGUGCACAGCCUUCGGCUCUGGCAUGACAAUUGGGGUGACAGCCCUUCUUGGUAUGUAAACCAGGUAAUUGUCAGUGACUUGGCAGGUAAAAGGAAAUGGCAUUUCCUGUGCAAUUGUUGGCUGUCCGUGGACCUUGGAGACUGUGAGCGUGACCGGGUCUUCGUACCAGUCUCAAAGAAAGAGCUCUUUUCCUUUAGACACCUGUUCUCCUCCAUGAUUGUAGAGAAGUUCACCCAGGAUUAUCUGUGGCUCUCAGUUGCAACUCGACACCCCUGGAACCAGUUUACAAGAGUCCAGAGGCUCAGUUGCUGUGUGACACUGCUUCUUUGCAACAUGGUCAUCAAUGUUAUGUUCUGGAAGAUAAACAGCACUGCUGCCAAGAGAGAUGAGCAAGUGGGUCCAUUUGCUGUGACGUGGUCUGAAUUGCUCAUCAGCCUCCAAACUGCUGUCAUCCUCUUCCCAAUCAAUCUUGUAAUUGGGCAGCUCUUCCCAUUGAUUCAACCACAGGAACCUCUGCCUCUCUUUCCUCCCAUCCAGGCCUCCUGCCUCUCAGAUGCUUCUUUUGAGCCUCUCUCUCUCACAAAGAUAGUUGAGGAAUUAAAAGAAACUGUGGGACUCCUGCUCAGGAGAAAUAUGUACUUACUCUCAGAGUGUGAACAAUCUUCGUGGAGUUCUGACAACGUUACCAAGCUGGUGAAACUUUUAUCCAGCCUCAUUUAUUCUCAUUUAAAGGGUCAAGGCUGUCAUCAGCAGGCAGGACCCUAUUGGGCAAAUGUGGUUCCUGAAAACCACCAUCAUUUCCACUAUUACCUGCUCCGAGUUCUGCAGAGGCUGCAGUGUCACUUAAGCACACUGGAUCCCACCCAGGUUGACCAGCCUUGUGACUUCCUAGAUGCAGCCAGCCAACUGCAGAAACUACAGGAACUCUUGGAAACACAUCUCCUUCCCACAGGGCAAGGGCCAUCCAGGGAGGCAACCAGUUUUCCCAUCCUGAGCCCAGCAGAAGGGAAGAAGUCCAUCUUUAAUGGCCUGCCCCAAUGGCUGACUUAUGUCUGCUGGCUCUUUCUGGGUGUCACUAGUCUGGCUGCGGCCUUUUUUACAGCACUUUAUAGCCUGGAACUGAGCAAAGACCAAGCCACCAGCUGGGUUAUUUCGAUGAUAUUAUCAGUGCUUCAGAACAUCUUCAUCAGCCAGCCAGUAAAGGUGGUCUUCCUCACGUUGUUAUCCUCACUGAUGCUAAACAGGAUGCCGUGGCUUCACAAAGGGAAGGAACAACAAACAAAGAGGAUCUUGGCACUCUUGGCAAAAUAUUCUUCAUCAUUACCUGGUUCAAGAGAUAAGAACAACCCCAUCUAUGUAGCCCCAGCUAUGAAUAGUCCAGUUAAGCGCCCAGAAAGAACCUUGAAAGAGAAGCCACUCUUCAAGCUGACAGGAGAUAUUUUGGUACAAAUCCUCUUCCUUAUCCUGUUGAUGACUACAGUCUACUCUGCACAGAACUCCAAUAGAUUUUAUCUCCAUCAAGCUAUCCAGAAGAGAUUUUCUCAUGGUUUCUCAGAGAUCAAACUUCUUAAGCAUUUCUACCCCUGGGCCAAUCGCACCCUCCUUCCUAACCUAUACGGGGACUACAAUGGUAAGAACAGUCCUGGGGCCCAGCCAUGCAAAUGUGGGGUGCCACCCCUACCAUGACACAUUAGCACACUGAAGAAAGGUCAGCUGGCUUUUUCAAUAUGGCUGCGCCUCUUUGGGCACCCCAAAGUUCCACUCCCUGGGCCUCAUCUAAGCAGGUUCAGAUUUGUCUGUUCACCCAAGUGAUCAGGCCCAUGGGAGCUGAUUCCCACUGGUGAGUCUCACAAGAGGCUGAUAAACAAGAAUGAGAAUUUAUUCACUUAAAGCCUGAAAAGUGCUUUCUUCACCUCUGUAAGACUGGACACUUUAAGUUCCCUUCAGACAUCAAAGGAGGACUUUGCCUGGUCCAUUGUUUCACAAGUCAUCUAUUAUCUACUUGUCUGUUACUAUGCCUUCAUACAGGGUCGUCGGCUGAAACAGCAGAGGUGGAGGUUCUUCACUAGGAAAAGAAACAUUCUGGACACGAGCAUAAUCCUCAUUAGUUUUGCCAUCUUGGGGCUUGAAGUGAAGCUUAUGUCUCUACAUAAGAAAAACAUGGCACAACACCGCUAUGACCGGGACAGGUUCAUCAGCUUCGAUGAGGCAGUAAAAGUGAACUCAGCUGUCAUUCACCUCAUGGGCUUCCUGGUUCUGUUGGCAACUGUUCAGCUAUGGAACCUGCUGCAUCUUAUCCCCAGGCUGCAGGUCAUCAGCAGAACACUCAGCAAAGCCUGGGACGAGGUGGUGGGCUUCUUGCUGGUCAUCCUGAUCCUGCUGACAGGCUAUGCCAUUGCUUUUAACCUGCUGUUUGGAUGGAGCAUCUCUGACUACCGAACUUUUUUCAGCUCAGCAGUGACUAUUGUUGGUCUCCUGAUGGGAAUGUCUCAACACAAGGAGGUUAUUGCUUUAGACCCAGUCCUGGGCUCCUUUCUGAUCCUCACCAGUGUCAUCUUGAUGGUACUUGUGAUCAUUAACCUUUUUGUUUCUGCCAUUCUAAUGGCCUUUGGUAAAGAAAGAAAGUCCCUUAAGACUCGGAAAGAAGCUACACUGAUAGAUAUGCUGCUACAGAAGCUCUCAAGUUUGUUAGGAAUCCAGCGGCACCAGAACACUGAGCAAAGAGCCAUGACAACAAUGGGCAUUGACACUGACGUUUUAUUACCUCCUAGCUUAGCUUAUUACUUCUCAGUAUAUUAA